AUUGUCCGCCUUCUCAUUGGCUAGAAACCUGAUUGACCAUCACUAACAAGUUUCAGCCCCCAUGCGGUAUGUCUUCACCCUGCUUACGAUGGAGAAUUCUUCGCACUGAGCCUGUCUGGCCAAGAUUUUUCAAGGCCGAAAGCACGCACUGGAAUGUUCUUUGUUGUUUUCUCGCAGCAAGCUCCGUUGGCUUAUUUAAACGCGUAAAUUCCUCUCAAUAGUUUUCUCAUCCCGUCGUCCUCCCCCUCGCGAACAUGAAGGUCACCAUUCUCACUGUCCUCGCUUCUGCCUUGCUCUCCGUCGCUCACGCGCCUCAGAAGCGUUCCGAGGAGGAGUUGGCUAGCCGCGACCUCGCUUCGGCCAAGUGUGCACGCCAUGUCGGCGAGAUGCAACGGCGACGGAUCGAAAAACGCGCCGAGGCUUUGACCAAACGGAGCGGUUCGUACUCAUCCGUCACGAUCACGACUGAAUCUCCCUACUACCCUACCAUUCAAAAUGAUACUUGCAUCCUCACCCCGGAGGUAACUACUGGUCCAUACAUUUGGACUAAAUCCCAGACCUUGCGUCAGGAUAUGACCGAGGGCCAGGCUGGCAUUCCCUUGAUCUUGGAUGUUGGCGUCAUCGACAUCAAUACCUGCGAGCCUAUGCGCAAUGUGCUCGUCGAUCUUUGGCACUGUAACGCUACCGGAUCGUAUUCCUCCUUCAUCGGACGUGACCCCAACACACCCUUCGAACAGCUGUUACAGGAGCUUAACGUUACCAUUGAUGAUAAUUUCGAUAUUCACACUGAUAAUACCACCUUUCUCCGAGGGAUGUGGCCCACCGAUGCCAAUGGUGUGAUGGAGAUGAAGACGAUUGUCCCUGGAUUCUAUGUCGACAGAACUGUGCAUAUACACGCUCAAGUACACCAGAAUUGGGUCCUUAAGCCCAACGGGACCGUCUUGACUGGUACUACAGCUAACACGGGUCAAUUCUUCAUUGCAGAUGAUAUCACGGAGUAUUUGAUGUCGUACGAGCCAUAUGUGUCGCACACAGAGAUCGAGAGGACCACCAACGCCAUCGAUUCCAUCUACUCCCAGGAGACUGUCAAUGGGUGGUCUCCCGAGUUGGCGGUCAUCCCUAUGGAUGGAGAGGAUUACGCAAACGGUAUCAUUGGGUACAUCACUAUGGGUGUCGACUCAACUUGGUGGAAUGUCUCUUCUUUCUAGAUGUGGCACGGGAUUUAGCAUCGAUCCACCUUUUUACGGGUUGACAUUGAGGCUACGAGUACAGAGCAGUAAUGAGAAUAAACUGGCAUAAGCAACGCUAUUAUUCCUUCGUAGCUCGGUCGGAGCAGCCCUUCAUGUUCUUCGCGUCGACUGUCUCUUUCUAAGGCGGAUCAACCUCAGAUUCCAUUUAGUGAAAAUAAAUCCUCACCUU